AUGGUGGACGAUAAAUAUAUAGGUUUAGGAUUAGCCAUGUCAUCCUCUUUAGCUAUAGGGACUUCCUUUAUUAUCACUAAAAAAGGUUUAAUUGACGCUUCAGCUAGAAAUGGUGGAGGUCAAGUUCAAGGUCAUGAAUAUUUACAAAAUCCUAUAUGGUGGGCUGGUAUGUUAACCAUGGCCAUUGGUGAAAUUGCAAAUUUCGCCGCCUAUACUUUUGCUCCUGCUAUCUUAGUUACUCCUUUAGGGGCAUUAUCUGUUAUUAUUGGAGCUGUAUUAGCUUCAAUCUUUUUAAAAGAAGAAUUAGGAGUAUUAGGUAAAAUGGGUUGUGCCAUCUGUUUAAUGGGUUCUGUCAUCAUUAUCCUUCAUGCUCCUCCUGAUAAAGAAAUUGAAACGGUUGAUGAAAUUUUAAAUUAUGCCACUAAACCUGGUUUCUUAUUUUAUGUAUUUUUAGUAUCAAUUUAUUCAUUAUUUAUGAUUUAUAAAAUUGCUCCAAAAUAUGGUCAUACAAACCCAAUGAUUUAUCUUUCCAUUUGUUCUUCAGUUGGUUCAAUCUCAGUUAUGUCAAUUAAAGCUUUUGGUAUUGCCUUAAAAUUAACUUUUGCAGGAAAUAAUCAAUUUAGUCAUCCUUCAACUUAUUUAUUCCUUUUAGUGGUGGCUUUAUGUAUUGUAACUCAAAUGAAUUAUUUUAAUAAAGCUUUAGAUCAAUUUGAUACUUCUAUUGUUAAUCCAUUAUAUUAUGUUACUUUUACCACUUUCACUUUAUUAGCAUCAUUUAUCUUAUUUAGAGGAUUUAAUACUAGUUCUGCCAUUGAUAUUAUUUCUUUAUUAAUUGGAUUUUUAAUCAUUUUUAGUGGAGUUUAUUUAUUAAAUAUUUCAAGAACUGAUACUGAAGGUAAAGCAAGACAAUUAUUUGGGGUUCAUAAUGAUAAAGAUAUGGCUCCUUUAGAUAAUGGUGUUGGUGGUUUAUCAAUCAGAAGAUCAAUGCAAAUCAAUAGAGGAGAAUAUGAUGGUGAAUAUGAUGAUGAGGAAACAGUUGGUUUAAGACAUAUUGAUAGUUUUGAAUUAGGAAGUGAUGAUGAUAUUGAAGAUGAACAACAAAAUAAUCGUAAUCGUCAAAGAUAA